AAGCCUUCUUCUAUGUCUGCAGGUUCAUUUUCUUAGUUAUUUUCCCAGGUCAACAGAAAACUGCUGGCUGCUUUUGGAUUCUUGAUUUUGAAAUGAAGAUUACAGACGGUAACGUGAUUCGAUUUCACCUCCAAGCUCUUUAUGGGAUUUCUGUAAAGAACUUUGCGAAGAAGAAAGGGAAAUUGGUGUACACUGGAGCUAAGGUGUUUGGGGUCCCUCUGGAAAACUUGCCCAGACGGUACAUUCCUGAAUUUGGUCUUGUACCCUGCUUUUUAGUGGAAGGUUGCUCUUUUCUGUUGGACCGUGUUGGUACUGUGGGCCUGUUCAGAAAACCAGGCUCCCUUCCUCGCGUUAAGAUCCUCAGGGAAAAAUUGAAUCGUGGGGACGAUGCCCUGUCCACUGCUUCCCCCUAUGAUAUCGCUACCCUCGUCAAACAGUUUUGCAGGGAUCUUCCUGAGCUGCUGUUCCCUUCUGAGAUUCAUGCGGCCCUGCUGGAAGCGCAGGCCCUGCCCGACCUGCAGGGCAAGAUGGCCGCCCUUCAGUUACUCUCCUGUUUGCUUCCAGCCAGAAACUCAUCCUGCCUGCAGUAUCUGUUUGACUUCCUUCACAAAAUUUCUCAGAGAUGCUCUGACAACUUGAUGACCAGCUCCAAUCUGGCCACAGUCUUUGUCCCAUGCCUCUUACCGCCGCCAAACAAAACCGAAAUGUCAGAAGAGCGACUUGAACUUCGAGUUCUUGUCCUGCGCACUUUCAUAGAGUUUCCUCAUGUUUUUGGUGUGAUUUCUAAAACCGUUAUGGACAGCAUGAAAUAUUUUAUGAACUUUGUUCAUCUGGAGGAUGUGUUCAAGAAAAGAAACCAAAAGAUGCGCAGCUUAAAGGUAAAACGAUCUGAGAAGACCGUGCUCCGGAUUCAGAGCAAGCCAAAGGUCAGGCCUGCAGUUUCUGAUCCGACUCUUGUCUGCAUAACGAGAGGCGACCCAAAGCUGAGGAGAAGCGUUGGUCUUGAAACCUUCCCCAACAUCCAGCUCUUCAGGACCUGCAUGCCUAAUGAAGAUCAAAGUUUCAGAUCUGCAAACAAAACUUUUGUUACUGCCAUGGAGAGACUGCAGCACAAAAACUGGAGGAGACGUUCUUCACCAAUCUAAAUUUCACUAGUUGUCCCAUGUCUGUCCAUCUCUGAAAAUAUUUGAACAGACUUUGUUGUAUCAGACUUUUUUUCUCUUGAAUAAAUGUUGUUUUUAUGUGACUGUU